CUUCAACUUGAUCAUAUACGUAGCUGAGCCCGAUGGUCUUCUUCGUCUGCGAGGGCUGCAACGAGACGCUCAAGAAGAACAAGGUCGACCAGCACGCGGCGCGAUGCCGCAACUGCUGGGCCGUGACGUGUGUCGACUGCUCCGUCGUCUUCAAGGGCAACGACUACGCUGCGCACACGACGUGCAUCUCGGAGGCGGAGAAGUACCAAGGCGCGCUCUUCCAGGGCGAGAAGGGCAAGGCGGCGACGAAGCGCAACCCGCAGGAGCGCUGGAUGGACUUGAUCACGUCCGUGACCGCGCCGGAACCCAAGGUGCAGCAGGCGCUUCAGCGGAUCCAGGGCUACGACAACGUGCCGCGCAAGAAGGGCAAGUUUAUGAACUUUCUCAAGAAUUCGAUUGGCGCGCAGAGCGGCGGCCUCGAAGAGAAGCUCUGGACGUUCCUCGAAACCGAGUUCAACAAGCUCAAGGAGCCGGAAGCGCCUGCCAAGCGCAAGGCCGAUGACGAUGCGACGACGACGACGACUGCUGAAGAGAGCAGCAGCAAGAAGCAAAAGACUGAGACCGAGGGCCUGGCCGCGCUGGCGUCGCACGUCAAGGGCUAUCUGGCGACGCAAACGGAUGAGCCUGUCGAGGCGGUUGUUGAGCUCUCGGCGGACGAGAAGAAGUGGGUCAAGGCCAUGAAGAGCCUCGUCAAGAAGGCCGACGGGCUCCGCAUGGGCAAGAAGGCGCUGCGCAAGGCCACGCUCGCGUAUAUGCAAGACAAGUACCCGGAGAUGGAUGCGUCCAAGGACGCGUUCAAGUCGGCAUCGAAAAAGACGUCGGGUGUUCUGACCCGGGACGGCGACUACUUUGUGCUCAAGGCGGAGUAAUCGAUUUAUAUCUUACGACUCAGAACUUUUCCUUUUAAAGCUACAGCCCGCUCGUG